GAAGGGGAGGGGGUCAGAAACAAGGAAGGUCUGAGAAGCCAGCCGACCCUGCCACACUCAAGAUGGCGGCACGGCCGUGGCGAGGUCCCUCAGAGGCGGUACCAGCGCAUGCGCAGCGCGGAGUCCCGGCCCGGGACACAAGAUGGCGGCAGCGGCGCUGGGGAGGGCGAGGCGGAGGCGGCAAAACGGGAGGUCGAGCAGAACGUGUAGCCGCAUCUCCUUCAGUCCGCUCCGGGCAGUUGCUGAUACAAGGAGUUCCUUGAACCCCUGUCCACUCCACUGCUGACCAGUCUACCCACCUGUGCUGAGCCUUCCUGUGCUGCAGGCCUCCCCUAACCUCUGUGGGACCCUGUGACGUGGGGGUCAGUCCAGCUGCAGAAGAAAACCCUCUCAUGCUAGCGUUGCAGACCCCAGAGGGUCCCGUGUGGGUGCUGAGAUGGCCAAUGAGAAUCACGGCAGCCCCCGGGAGGAAGCAUCCCUACUGAGUCACUCCCCAGGCACCUCCACCCAGAGCCAGCCCUGUUCUCCAAAGCCAGUCCGCCUGGUACAGGACCUCCCAGAGGAGCUGGUGCAUGCGGGCUGGGAGAAGUGCUGGAGCCGGAGGGAGAACCGUCCCUACUACUUCAACCGAUUCACCAACCAGUCCCUGUGGGAGAUGCCCGUGCUGGGCCAGCACGAUGUGAUUUCGGACCCUUUGGGGCUGAAUGCGACCCCACUGCCCCAAGAUUCAAGCUUGGUGGAAACCCCCCCGCCUGAGAACAAGCCCAGAAAGCGGCAGCUCUCGGAAGAGCAGCCAAGCGGCAAUGGUGUGAAGAAGCCCAAGAUUGAAAUUCCUGUGACACUCACAGGCCAGUCAGUGCCCAGCUCCCCCAGCGUCCCAGGGACUCCAACGCUGAAGAUUUGGGGUGCAUCCCCUGAAGAUAAACAGCAAGCAGCUCUCCUUCGACCCACUGAGGUGUACUGGGACCUGGACAUCCAGACCAACGCUGUCAUCAAGCACCGAGGACCUUCCGAGGUGUUGCCACCGCAUCCUGAAGUGGAGCUGUUCCGCUCCCAGCUCAUCCUGAAAUUGCGGCAGCACUAUAGGGAGCUGUGCCAGCAGCGAGAGGGUAUUGAGCCUCCACGGGAAUCUUUCAACCGUUGGAUGCUGGAGCGCAAGGUGGUGGACAAAGGAUCUGACCCCCUGUUGCCAAGCAACUGUGAACCAGUUGUAUCACCUUCCAUGUUUCGUGAAAUCAUGAAUGACAUUCCCAUCAGGUUAUCCCGAAUCAAGUUCCGGGAGGAAGCCAAGCGCCUGCUCUUUAAAUAUGCAGAGGCUGCCAGGCGGCUCAUUGAGUCCAGGAGUGCAUCCCCUGACAGCAGGAAGGUGGUCAAGUGGAACGUGGAAGAUACUUUUAGCUGGCUUCGGAAAGACCACUCGGCCUCCAAGGAGGACUACAUGGACCGCCUGGAACACCUGCGGAGGCAGUGUGGCCCCCACGUCUCAGCAGCAGCCAAGGACUCUGUAGAAGGCAUCUGCAGUAAGAUCUAUCACAUCUCCCUGGAGUAUGUCAAGCGGAUCCGAGAGAAGCAUCUUGCCAUCCUCAAGGAGAACAACAUCCCAGAGGAGGUAGAGACCUCUGAGGUGGAGCCCCGCCUGGUGUACUGUUACCCAGUGACUGCCGUGUCCGCACCCCCCAUGCCCAGUGUGGAGAUGCACAUGGAGAACAACGUGGUCUGCAUCCGGUAUAAGGGAGAGAUGGUCAAGGUCAGCCGCAACUACUUCAGCAAGCUGUGGCUCCUUUACCGCUAUAGCUGCAUUGAUGACUCUGCCUUUGAGAGGUUCCUGCCCAGGGUCUGGUGUCUUCUCCGACGGUACCAGAUGAUGUUUGGCGUGGGCCUCUACGAGGGGACUGGCCUGCAGGGAUCACUGCCCGUGCACGUCUUUGAGGCCCUCCACCGACUCUUCGGCGUCAGCUUCGAGUGCUUUGCCUCACCCCUCAACUGCUACUUCCGCCAGUACUGUUCUGCCUUUCCUGACACAGAUGGCUACUUUGGCUCUCGCGGGCCCUGCCUGGACUUUGCCCCACUGAGUGGUUCCUUUGAGGCCAACCCUCCAUUCUGCGAGGAGCUCAUGGAUGCCAUGGUCUCUCACUUCGAGAAACUGCUGGAGAGCUCACCAGAGCCCCUGUCCUUCAUCGUGUUUAUCCCUGAGUGGCGGGAACCCCCCACACCAGCGCUCACCCGAAUGGAGCAGAGCCACUUCAAACGCCACCAGCUGAUCCUGCCUGCCUUUGAGCAUGAGUACCGCAGUGGCUCCCAGCACAUCUGCAAGAAGGAGGAGAUGCACUACAAGGCCCUGCACAACACAGCCGUGCUGUUCCUGCAGAACGACCCUGGCUUCGCCAAGUGGGGGCCCACGCCUGAGCGGCUGCAGGAGCUGAGCGCAGCCUAUCGGCAGUCAGGCCGAAGCCACGGCUCCAGCUCUUCCUCCUCUUCCUCCUCCUCGGAGGCCAAGGACCGGGACUCAGGCCGAGAGCAGGGCCCUAGUCGCGAGCCUCACCCCACUUAACAUACCCUGCGGGGAGGAGGAGCCCCAGGGGUGCUGGUAUGGACUGCUGGGACUCGGGCCUCUGGAGGCUGAGCAGACCCCAGGGACUGCCCCUGGGGUGGCAGCAGGACUUGGGCUGCCAAUGACAUAGGAAUAUUGUGGCUCUGCCAGGGCUCCCCUCCCUGCCCCAUCCCCACUGCCCGCCUCAGACUCACUCCAAGUCCCUUGUAAAUAGGCCCAAUGCCUUCCCACCCCCACGCUGCCCCGUGGGCGCCUUGUUUCAUUUGUAAAAGAAAAUACAGAACCCCCCUUCCCCAAGAACUUGUGAGGGUCUUGAGGACAGAGAAGGCUGAGAACCUGGAGCUACUUCUGGGACCAAUUCCCUUUCCCACCCAGGCUCACCUUCUUGUGACCCCUGGGCCUUCACACCCCAUCCAGGGACACAACUGGUCCCUGGUGGUCUCCACCUUGCUUAGCAGGUUGGAAGAGCCCAGAGCCUGCACUGUCUAGCUCGAAACCCCAUGGCUGGGCCUGCCCAGAUGCCUCUGGGCAGCUAUGCUUUAUGCCCAGGCCAAAAGCCACUUGCUGGUCCUGGGGCCACCCUGUGAGGGGGCAGCUGUAUGUUUCAUUACAGUCGAAGCCUAGAACCAAGUGCAGCUUCAGAUCUCCCACAGCCCUCAGGAUGAGGUGCCUGCUCUGAGGGCCUCUGGGCAGAGCCCAGGGGAGGAAGGCAGGGACUGAGGUGCUCAGCAGGGCUCCCUCCAGCUUGCCCUCUCCUGCGAUCAGGCAUCUGCAGCGAGGGGUCUGCCCUGUGGUGGGACCACCGUACUUACAGAGGCAGGGCCAGCUGCACUUCGGGGCCAGGCAGCCUCCACCUCACUCUCCCACCUGUGGUGGGCUCUUCAACCGGCGCCUGCCUUCUGCUUCCUUGUCCUUGCUUGGUUCAGACUGUUAGCGGUGGACAAAAUAAGAUGGCCAGGGCUGGACUCUGGUCCCUUUAUUGAGACUGAGGGAUCAGUGGGUCCAUCCAAACAAAAAUAAAAUUUCUCUCCCAAAGCCUGCCUGCAGGCUGGGGCACCCAGCAUGUCCUGGCUGGGGUCCACGGCUGCCUCCCAACCCUGACAACACAGGUCUGGCUCUCUUGGGGUGACAGGAUGCUGGCUGCCCAGUAUCUAGAGACCCUAAGUGGGAUAGGGAGGUGUGUCCCCCCACCCCAGGAGAGCUGGCCCCGAUAUCCAUGAUCUGCGUUGGGCCCUUGGGCUCAGUCAUCGGCCAGGGUGAUGACGUCGUACUCGAUGCCCUGGUGCUGCAGCUGUUGCACGUGUUCAGGCACUGCUUCCUCUGUGCCAAACAGGCCCUGCGCUUGGGCCAUGGCAGCAUCAGCCACCGCUGCCAGGGGAGGGGAAAGCAUGGUGAGCCCAAGGCCCCAGAACUAUAUGCAUGGCCCCAGCCCCCGUGAUCCAGCCCCGUACCUGUGACAGCAGAGUGUGCUGCAGCCUCAAGCUGCGCUUGUGUGACCAGCUGCUGGCCCGGGGAUACAGGCACAUACUGGAUCUGGAGGGGGAGAAGUUGAUGACAUGGGGCCCUGGGGAAGUGCUCCAUGCCCCAGCUCCGUCUAGUCCCUCGGGGCCCUACCUGGGACUCCUGGAGGAAUGGGGCUCCUUGUUCGUACUGGAUGUGUGUGAUCUGGCCCUCCUGUACCUGGAGAGAGGAAGUGGACCAUGAUCCCCAGAAGGAGGUCGUACAGCCUUCCUCCUGCACCCCCCCUCACGCCAGGCCUGGCCUACCUGGAUGUGGUGGCCAUCAGGGACCACAACAUAUUCCUGGGGCAGCAGGUGCUGGACACCAUCCUGAGAGAUGAUAUACUGCACCUAAAGAAGGGUGGGAGGAGGCAGAUAAGAGGGUCCCCUCACCAGAAGCUCAGCUGGGAAGGCAGUGGAGGACCAGGGACAUCCAUGGCAGCUGUACGCGUGGACCACGGGAGUGAUGGUGUGGAAAGUACUGCUGCUCCCUCGAGGUGGGGGAGAGCAUGGUAGGGAGGGCAUAGCAAGAGGUCAGGACGGGGUGAGUAGUAGCUCACCUGGUUGUCAGAGGUCACCAGGUGCUGUACCGUCUGACCAUCUGCUGUGGUGAUCUCUUGGAUAUAGGUGGCUUCCUCCUGCCAAGACCAAGCCAGCUCUAGCCUCAGCUCUUAUCUUCCCCCAUCCUGUCCGUGACUUGCCAGCAUGGCUGUUGGCCCUGGCUCUUACCUGAUUGGCCACUGUCUGUUCCUGGGCCACAAUAAUGUGUUCCUGGCCCAGGGCCUGCUGUAGCCUCUCUGGGCCCAGGACCCCAUGACUGGACUGGAGGGCAGCUAGGCAGAGAGAGGAAGGUGCUCACCAAGGGGUUCUAGGGAUACCUAGAACAUCCUGCCCCGAGAUGCCUCCUGGGACAGUGGCUCAAGUCUCUGGACCCACCCUGGUGCCCACCCUGUGGUCCCAGGAGCCACUCACUGUGUAGCGUAGCCAGUGUCUCAUCGUCACUAUUCAGGAUGAUGGUCUGGGUGGGGGUCUGGGCUGGGGUCCGGACUGCAGGGGUGCCUGACUUCCUCCCAUCAGGACUGUGCAGUCGCUGGAUGUGGAACUUGAGGUGCCCGUUACGGUUGAAACUGAAGAGGAAGCAAGGAGGCUCAGGCUGGCUCCACCGGGCGUGCCCAGCAGCCCUUGCCCAGCUGCACCUGGCCUCACCGCUGCCCGCAGAGGUGGCACGAGAAAGGCUUCUCGUUGGUGUGGGUCAGCAUGUGCCGCCGCAGGUCCUUCUUGUUCUUGGAGGCAAAGCUGCAUUGGCUGCACUGGUGGGGCCGCAGACUUGAGUGCUGUGCCAUGUGGGCCUGCAGAAGGGACAGUUGGGCACCACUAGGUCAGGAUAGGUGGCAACAAGCCCCCAGACCCUCAGCAGCAACUGGCAGGGAGCCGAGUGAACUGGAUUGGGGGAAACCAAAACCCCGUGCACUGUGAGGAGCUGUGUAGAAAGUACACACCAAAUCAAGACGGGAUGGCUGUGGCCCAAGAGAGGCCAGGUGCCACCAAUAGGUCACUUGGAAAACCCUGUCCCAGCUCUUUGCAAAUGUGACUUAACAGGUGCUGCAGGGGGGAACCUCUGACAGUCUAGGGCUUAGGCCUGCCUAGUUGGGCCUUGGUUUUCCCAUUUGGAGGGGGGCUGUGGGUCCUGGCCCCUCAAGUGAGCUCACUCACUAAGCAGUGCGGAUCGGAUCUGGAAGCUUGGAAUCCUCAGGCGAAUGUUGGUGUGGGCUAGGCAUGGGGCACACCCGUCAUCCCAGCAACUUGGGAGACUGAGGCAGGAGGAUGGAGGCCCAUCUCAGCAACUUAGACCCUAAGCAAAUCACUGAGACAUUGUCUCAAAAAAUAAAAAGGGCUGGGGAGUGAACUCAGUGGUAAAGUGCCCUGGGCUCAGUCUCUAGUACUGAGGGAAAAAAGAAGUUGUUCGGCUUCACCAAGAGAUGGACCUGGAAGCUGCCCAUGGGGUGCACAGCUCAAGUUCUCUACCCACACUGCACACUGCCACCCUCUGUACCUUCGUUCACGUAGACCCGGCUCCCCCACCUUCUGUCCCCAGCACCCAGGUUCACUGUCUGCACUGUGCUGUGCUCUCUCGCCUCACUUGCUUCUCACUGGGGACGGUAUCUGGCCUUACUUAGGUCUUCUUGGCCUCCCACCAUACUGAGCUCCCUAAGAGCUGGGACCUUGCUGAAUCACCUCUGACUCCAGAGGGGAGCAGAGGACCUGGUUUGAGGGCUUGCUCAAUAAAGGA